UUUCUGUUUUCUUUCUUCCAUCUUCUUGUAUUUUAUCUUGUGGUUAUUGUUGAUUCGUGUGGGAACUCAAGAUACGCCAUAGUAGAGGAAUUAGCGGGGCUCGGCGCCGCAGUAUAUACGUGCUCGAGGAACCAGGAGGAGCUCAGCGGAAGGUUGAGAGAAUGGGAAGCAAAAGGGUACAGAGUGAGCGGCACGGCAUGCGACUUGGCAUCAAGGGCUCAGCGGGAGGAGCUGAUAAAGGCUGUAUCUUCUGCUUUUGAUGGGAAGCUCCACAUCCUAGUGAACAAUGCUGCAUCAGGUCUACUGAAAAGAGCUACAGAGUUCACUGCAGAUGAUUACUCAACUUUAAUGAGGAACAAUCUUGAAUCUCCUUAUCAUCUUUCCCAACUUGCUCACCCUCUCCUAAAAGCCUCUGGGUGCGGCAGCAUCGUGUUCAUUUCAUCCAUCGCAGGUGUCACAGCUCUCCCUGCAAACUCGGUCUACUCUGCAACCAAAGGUGCAAUCAACCAGUUAACAAAGAACCUGGCCUGUGAAUGGGCCAAGGACAACAUCCGGGUGAACAACGUGGCACCAGGGCCAGUGAGAACCACAAUGAAUCCUGUACACUCUUUCUUCCGCCUCCCUAAUCUACUUUUCCCCGGGGAUAUCGAUCCAUCUGUUCGCCAAGCUUACAUGGAUAUUAUGCUUCGGAUUCCUCUCCGUCCGAUGGCCGAGCCUAACGAGAUUUCACCACUAGUGGCAUUCCUCUGCCUUCCGGCUGCUGCAUAUAUUACCGGGCAGGUAAUUUGCGUCGAUGGAGGGUACACUGCCGGUGGCUUUAAGGCCAAUCAGUAA